AUUAGGGACAUGGAAAUAUGUAAACCAUUUAUCAUUUGAGCUUCUUGUUCUCUCGGUUUGUCGAGAAAUCCAAAAGGGGUUCUUGGUUGAUAUGAACUAUUGGUCUUAAGCUUAUGGAUUUAGAAAGAGGAAUCAAGAUCUGUCAUCGGUUUGUGAGUGUUUGAUAACUGAGCAUGGUUAAAGGAUAUCGAGAUCAAAUUAUUUUUGGUUAGAUGGGAGCAUGCUCCUGUCGAUUUCAUUGCUGUUAGCUUGUAGAAAACUGGCAAUCCAACGAACAAAACUGCUUGUUAGCUGUGGAUCAACUUAUUUCUGUUACUUUUCGUUUUCCUAUUCUUUUCCAUGCGUUACAAAAUUCAUUUGAUCCCGUUUAACUGUGAAUCAAAUCACUUUUACAGGUAGUCUCUAUGUGUCUCAGCUACUACUUUUGUCUUUGAACUUGUUUGGUUGGCUCAAAAUUUGAUUAGUAUCCUCGUUGUCCAACUUUUUCACCAUGAACUGUUUAGGAUUCAUAAUCCGUACAAUGUGGAUAAUUUAUGCACUACUGAUCCAAUCUAUAACCUCAGAACAGCAUUUGAUACGUUGUUAGUUUUAGUGAAAAGGAUCUCAGUCUAUUCAAGGUCUGGAGGUAUCAGGAUCUGACCUCAGUUGCCUGCCCUUUUUAAAGGAAAAUGGAGGAGACCUUGUUUCAGCUCGUCCAAGAGUAAAUAAAAACCUACAUUCCAAUAAAUUCAAUCAGCUUACUUGGUAUGAAAUAUGUAAUGUAGCACACUCUAUUCACGUUACAGUAUUCACCUAGGAAUCAUUAUUCUUCAAUGGGAGAAGUGUUUUCUAUAAACUUGGAGUUAAAAUCUAAUAUAGCCAUUAAGUGUUUGCAUCAGUAAUGUUGCAUAGUAAUUUUUGAUUCAACCCAUAAACCAUAAUGCAGUAGAAAGAUACAAAAUUGUGUUAGUUUGUAUACCCACUUCACAGGAAUGACAUCAAAUUGAUUCCUGGUGUGUUUCCUGUUACCAAACAUUCAUUGAGUAGUUCCUUCCUGAUUUAGAUGUUUGGCAUUCCUUCCCUUUGCAGUUCUUACCUAUGAUGAUGGUCUUGUGGGCAUAUUCUAAGCCGAUAUAUAUGGUCUAGGCCCAUUGACAUGCAGAUGGAUUCAGCUUCAUCAAUUAUGUUCAAGAAGAUAAAAGUUCAAUGGCCAUCUUUAGUAGGAUCAAUGUCUUAGGUGAUGAAAAGAGACUUCGAAUAUUUGAGCAAGUAUCUCAUGGAUUCAGACAUGUUAACUCAAGUUCAAUCCAUGAUUUACAGAGGUGUCGAAGCAAUCUUGAAUCCCUGUUCUGCUACGAUAAGUCUUAUCCAGAGGAGAAUAUAGAGAAACCAGUUGGUUUAUGUAUGGAUAAGAAGGAAAUAGGGAACAACCCACCUUGCACUGCUUGUGAAGUCAAAGGUGCAGUGUUAUGUGCUACUUGCGAAGGUUCUGGUUUAUAUGUUGACUCAAUCCUGGAGAGUCAAGGAAUCAUCGUGAAAGUUAGGUGCCUAGGUUGUGGCGGCACCGGCAACAUUAUGUGCUCCAGGUGCGGAGGGCGAGGGCACAUUGGACUCCAGUAAUCCUAUUCUGGUAGCAGCAUAGAAGUUUAUUUUGAAAAUAUAAUGAAUUGCAAAAUCUACUAGAGUGGAUGAGUAAAUCAAAACCUGUCUGUGCGAUUUUUUUUUUAACUCUGAUCCACCGCUGCUUCAAGCAUUCAUACGGAAUAUAUAAAUUGCAUGGACGUUUCUUUCUCA